AUGAUCUCCACAAUCGGUGAGCUUUUUAAUCUCAACCACUUCGACCAGUUCAGCAGCGCGAAUGAUGUGAUUGUGAUCCGGCAAAAAGAUGGCUCCCUCCAGAGCAGUCCCUUCCACGUUCGCUUUGGGCGCGCGAAGAUUUGGAAUUCGAUUAACAAGAUAGUUCAGAUCGAGGUGAACGGCACCCUCACGAGCGCCGUGAUGAAGAUCGGGCGAGGGGGCGUCGCGUACUGGCUGCAACCAACCUACGGUGCCUUUGCUAAAAAAGACGCAGAGCGAAAGGAUCCCGAUGUGGAUCGCCAUCAUGGAGGGGAUCAUCCACCCUAUCACGAACGCAAUUUAACCCAUCCAUGGGUGCCGAGCGGCAAUGUUUCCGAAACCAACCAUACCUCGAAAACGGAGGGGGAAGAAACGGCGGCGCCGACGAUUGGGCAUUCUGCGCAGGAUACCGGCGAGGAGCCCUUGGAGGAUUCCAUCCCCCUUCCACUCCUCCACAAACAAGAGGACAGCACCAUUCGAGUUUUUCGAAACGCCAUUCAGAACUCCGGCGACGCGCGGCAGGCGAAGUUAGCCUUACAGGCCGUUGCCGCGGGUGAGAUCUCUCGUCGACGGCUGUCAACCCUCUUAAAUCCGAAAAAAAACUUCCCACGACCGGCUUUUCAAUCCGAAGAUCCGGGAGAGGCUCCGCCAGGCGAUCCGGCGAUGAAUCUUCUCGAUUUGGACGCCGACAAGCCGAGGAUGGAGUCGGAUCGCACCUUUAUCGGUCCCUUUCAAAACCCCGCCUUGUUUGAUCUGUCGGAUCCAUCGCAACCCCCGACGGAUUCCCCCGGGAUCGACGCCACAAGGGACCCUUCGGACGUGUUUCAAAUCCCUCACGAUCUCCCUGAUAGCGACCUCUCCUCCACGGAUCUUCCCAACGGGAAUGAAGAUAGUUACUCCCUCGAUCCGAUCGAAUCCUUUGAGCUGACGGAGGAGCAACGGCAGCUGGGUAAUUGCAGCUUUUCCAGCAGCCUCACAAGUGGGGUUUCGGUUACGGAGCCCCCUCCAAUGGGGGAAUUGGAAGGGGAAUCCUCCCUCCCUCCUCCUCCUCCUCCUCUUCCUCCUCCCUCUCUUCCUCCUGCCUCCUCCUCUCGAGAGGCCGGCGCGUACUUUGCGCGGUCGCUUCUCCCGUCAAAAGGCGAUCUCGCGCGGCUAAACCUUCGCGAGGGCUGCAAUCGCGUUCGCUACCUCGCGCGGAAAACGCCAAACGGGGAGGUGGUGGCCGUGGAGUGUACUAUUUUCCUCUGGGAUUGCGCGGAUAAACUCGUCGUGAGUGAUAUCGACGGCACCAUCACGAAAAGUGACUUCUGGGGGCAUCUCUAUCAGGCGUUUGGCAAAGGCCGGGAUUGGACCCACCCGGGGACCUGCGCGCUUUUCGCGAAGAUCGCCGCGAAUGGGUAUCGAAUGGUCUACCUCUCCGCCCGCAGCGUCGCGCAGAUCGAGCAGACGAAGCGGUAUUUAUGGUCGCUCGAACAAGAAGGGGUGCGGCUUCCCUUGGGGCCGGUGCUCACCGCCCCGCUACGGUUUUUCACCGCACUCACGCAGGAAUUAUCGAAGCAAUCGCAUGUGUUCAAAAUCGCGUGCUUGGAGAGUGUACGAGAUGCGUUUCCCGCACACGCGAGGCCGUUUUUCGCCGGGUUUGGGAAUCGGUAUAGCGACGUGAUCAGCUACGACGCGGCGGGGAUUCCGGUGCAUCGGAUUUUUAUCAUCGACCCCUCGAGCAGGUUGCGUGUUUGUCAGGUGCAGCAAACCUAUCGAAACCUCGCGCAUCUCGUCGACGUUACCUUUCCCAGAAUGCACGCGAGGCGGCAAACAAAGCUCAAAAGUUAUAACACCCUAUCGAAUGCGUUUUUAAGUGGAAACACGGCGCCCGGUGCGGGAAAUGGGGGAGGUGGGGAUCCACCAACAACCAAUGCAGCCACUUCUUCCGUCCCAAGUGGGCUUUCGAUGGGCUUUUUUGAUUCCAAAGAAAACGAUUUGUUGAGUUUCAACCUCGUCAACCAGGAGGACGAGCCUCAGGUGGCUUUGUUUGCCCAAUCGGCCCCCUGCGUUGGGAGUAGCACGAGCAGUGAGGAGGAGAGGGGCGAGGACGCCUAUGGGCCCUCCCGCGUGGGCUCCUCCACGCGUUGUUUAUCCACUCGAAUCGAUUCACCCAAUGGGGUCGCGCAAGGCGAUGCCUCCCACGCGAACGGGGUGAACCCCUCGAGUUCGCAUUUGAAUCAAAAAGGCGACGGCUCCACGUUGGCCUCCGUUGGCAGUCAGACCUCCCGAUCCCCGUUUGGGCAUCCGAAAAUCCUCUCCCCGGCGAGCCUGGCGGUUUACGAUUUAGACGCCCCCGGUGAGUACGUCGCGUUAGAUCCCGACUUCAGCUCGUACAACCACUGGCGGUUGGAUCCCUCCCAUCUGAUCGGACCCUCCUCCACGACGAAACUCGUCGGGCGAGUCGACGGGGGCCUGAAAGACGUGAAAUAUCCCUCUAAACCCGUGGAUUCAACGACGCAGAAGGAAAGUGAAAAUCGCACGAUCGGGAUCCCGACGACGGCUUCUGGAAACGCGGGCGGAACGCUUUUAGGUCAUUUCCCACCCCCUUCGUCGUCGGGGUUGAACUCCGCGAAGGGGGAGCGCGACGCGACCGCGGCUGAACGUCUUCCUGUCGUUGAGAAUCCACCUCAAGGGAGGAUUCGUGAAGUCCACGCGACAACCCAGGCCGAUCUCGUCGGAAUUCAUUUCACAAAAGCUUCCGGGAUUGUUGAUGAGCCUUUUCUUCAUGCGGAUCGACCUUCAUCCGGCGUGGAGGCGCGUAACGUGGUGGGAAUCCCCACCAAGUCUUCCACAGGAAAGGAGGAUCCGAUCCAAACUACCGAUCCUCCGGUGGCCUCGGCUUCCGAAUCCCAAGCCUCUAUCUCUCGCAACCCCCCUAACACCACAAAACGAAGUAGUUUUUUCUCGUUUCCUUUCACGCGGAAAACCGCGCUCGCCACGGGAAAGGAGGCAAGUAGUUCAACCCGUGAAGAAGGGACGCGUGGGACCUCUGGCAGUCAACCCUCUCUUGCUUCUAGGGUGCAUCAGCACCCCGAUGCUUUAACUUAUUAUAUGCAACUAAACCAAGAUGGAAUACGACUCCCCACUUCCACCCCCUCACCAUCAUUUCUCUCUAAAAACAAAUAA